GUAUUGAAUAAAUGCUUUACAAAAAUUGGAUUGAAAAAGUUUUUAUUUUUUUGUUAAUUAAAUCUUCCGUAUUGUACAAGUUUUUAUAUGGGUGAUAGUAGGCAUAGCGACGUAAGGGGAGUUAUCAACAAUCAUUUCAAUAUUUCGUUACAUUAUAGUGGUUCAUCUUUACAGCUGUGUUUAUUAUUCUUGUAGUUAACUCUUCCCAAAUUCUAUAAUAUCACAAAUAGCAUUUCAAAUUGAUUAACGUCGUUUAUGUUUCAUAUUAAACGUUCUGUGCAAAACUAUGUUAGAGUGACGAUCAUUUUAAUUGUAAACGCUGUCUAUGAAAGAUGCUUGUAUUCAACUUUUUGGGUUGGCACCGAUAGGGUUAAUAUGGCGGAUAAAAAUAAGAAACGAGAACGUCGGGAACUUUCUUGUAUCGGAAAGGUAUCAAUUUAUACCGUGUCAAUAGCGAUGCAAGCGGCCGCUUGCAUAUUCUUGAACGUUGGGGUUGAACGAACGAGUCUGGGGUGAAACGAAUCGAGGGGGUGGAAAAGGGGAAUCGAGAGGAGGAAGGGAAGCGUACGAGGGUGGCAAAGUACUCGUCAGUCGUGUAACGCGUUUCCCGCCGAGUACAUCGGUUAUAUUGGCAAUAUAUUAAAUAGCGGCCGCAUUUCCAGUUUCCACGUGUACCUCGCGUGUGUCUUAUGAGAUCUGAUUGCUAUUGGCUAUCGCAGUUCCGCGGCAACCUGUAUUAUCGAUUGAACGCGUUUUGCGCACGUUGCCGCAGUUACUUGUGGCACCGCGCUACCAUUGCACGUACAGUACUACCGUCCCGUUGUUUACGUCCAAUCACACACAGAUUCAGAUCGAUUUAUCAUUUCAAAAUUCACGUCGUCCAGUGUACCAUCUCCUGUGUCCUCUGGAUUAAAAUGCUUGGCGUUCAUCGAAGUCACUCCUCGGUACACGCUUGCUGUCAAAAUCGCCGUCUAACCGCCAUGUUUCAUUUCAAAUUCUACGUCACGUGCAUCGGUGAAAAAGUAAACUCUCUGCCCUUGUCUAUUUGUUGACAUCGGUAAGGAAACACGCCAUUUACGAACAGUAUGGCCAACUUGUUGAUAGUUUCAUGGAUUGGCCAAAUUGCAAUGUGAGAUUAUUUCUAAUAUCGUCUCGAUGUGUUUCGAGAUCACUGAUCGAUUCUUGAUCUGUUUUAUCGAUGUUGGGUGUUUUCGAUUUACAAUCUGCCGCCACAACUGGGAAGAAGGGGUCGGUUCUGUUACUGCACGGUGAAAAUUAAGAGUAGAAAGGACAGUUGCUUCGAAUUACAUUCAGUGUUUAGGAUAAAAGUAUUCGGUAUGAUUAGUGAAGAUAUUUUCAAAUAUACAUCAUACGUGUGAUACUAUCGGAUGUGUUGUGCGUGAUUUCGUUGAAACGUAAUUACUGCGAACCAAAGUUUUCGGGCGAUUAUGGUGUUACGGUUAACAUCAUGUGAUACUCUCCUUUUUCCGUUCGUGGAUGCACACUCAUGGAAAGUUACAACGAAAUCAUCAAAUUCACGGUGUAAAAGGAAACGGACGAAAGAAGGUGGAAUGAGGAGAUUGAAACGGUGACCUCGUGCCACGCGCGGUGAUGCUACUGGCAAGCGGUGUUUCGAUACCGACCAUCGCCGGUACCCUCGAGGAGGAGGAAGAAUAUGCACGUAGCGAGGCGAACAGCGCGCACUACGAUGGCUAUGUUACCGAUCAUACGGAUCUCGCUUCCGAAAUCGAUAUCGACGAAUCCGAGUACAGGCGGGAGCUUCUCAACGAUAAAUGGCGGAUGCUGUUUGAUAAGUUUGAUCCGGAGGGUUUUGGCGAGAUACCAGUGGAGGAUUUUUUGGCGGCUCUGAAAAGUCCCGAAUGGAAAGCCGAGAUACCCCCGAAUAAACGGGAUAUUCUCCUCACCAGGGCAAAGGAGUCACGUGUUCAUGCGGUGACGUUUCAGGAUUUCGUCAAUGUGAUGAGUGGCAAACGAACGAGGAGCUUCAAGUGCGCGGUUCACCAUCGUGACCGUGAGGUUUGCUCGGAAAACGAUUUUCACCUGCUCGUGCACGAGCCUCCUCUCUUUCGCAGGAUGGUCCGCAUGAUCGGCGACGAAUUCCUAACGGAAGAAAGGGACCGGAAGUAUUAUGCCGAUCAUUACACGUGUUGCCCGCCACCUCUCUUCAUCAUCCUCAUCACACUUGUGGAGCUGGGUUUCUUCACAUAUUACACGGUAGCAAUGGGCGAAGUGAAUCCUUCGGGUCCGGUACCGAUCGAUAGUGUCUUCAUUUAUAGACCAGACAAACGUCUCGAACUCUGGAGAUUUGCAUUCUACAUGUUCCUUCACGCGGGGUGGCUUCACCUGCUAUUUAACCUAGGAGUGCAGGUGGUCGUGGGACUUCCCUUGGAAAUGGUUCACGGAAGUCUAAGGAUCGCGGCGGUCUAUAUGGCUGGAGUUCUUGCUGGUUCCUUAGGUACAUCGGUGUUCGACACGGACGUGUACCUCGUUGGCGCCAGCGGGGGUGUUUACGCUCUGCUCGCAGCUCAUCUAGCCAACGUCCUUCUCAACUACAACAACAUGGAGUUCGGCAUAGUGCGAUUAAUAGGCAUCUUCGUGAUCGCGAGCGCCGAUGUGGGAUUCGCCAUCUACGACAGGUACGCGGCCGAGCAAAUGGGCCCGCCAGUUUCGUACGUGGCGCAUCUGACGGGCGCGUUGGCAGGCCUGACGAUCGGUCUCCUGGUGCUGAAGAAUUUCGAGCAACGGCUCCACGAGCAGCUGCUCUGGUGGGUGGCGCUAGGCGUUUACGCCGCCUGCACGAUCUUCGCGAUCAUGUACAAUCUGAUGCAUCCGGACUAUCCAUGACGUGAGGUCAGCUUCGCGUACGGGCAACCACGGAACACGUAACGCGAAGCUGAACAGCAACGAAUCAAGAGGAAACAAAGGGGAAGAACCGCUGUUGGAAGAAGAGGAGAAAGCAGGGAGCGCGAUCUUCGAGGGAAAUCCCGGUGAAAGUUUGCAGUAAAUUUGAAAAUGGCGACUUUGUCAUCCAUCGAAGAGAGUAACGAACGAGGCAAACGGUGGACAGUUCGUUAUUCGUGACAUAGACGCGCGAACAAGAAUCGGGUGACGUUUGUUCUCCGUGAAGAGUUUUACCAAAUUCUCGGAACAUAUCUGCGUGAAAAGCGAUUCUAGACGACUUCACAGGAGUCCCGUAACGAAUUACUGAGGAGAAGAGUUUUGUGAUCAAAAUAGAGAGAACUAGAACUGACUUUAACUUGACGAUAAUAUGCGAUUACUUUUUUUUUUUCUAAAUCAAUGUCAAGGUGACGGUAGAGAAAGGAAGCGUUUCAGCUGUUCGGUGAGAAAAUAAAUGGGAAAUACUGGGAACGUAUACAGAAUAGAAACUUCAAGAUACGGCCACUUGUCGACGAAAAAUUGAAAUUGACCUUAACAACAGUAAAUGAUGGACAUAUUUUCAAAAUUGAUAUCAAGCUGAUAAAAGAGAAAGCGAACGUUCCAGGUGUUCGUAUGCAUAACAUAUAGGGAAUUAAACGGAAUAGAACACAAGGGAAAUAGAGAGCAGGGGAACCAGCGCAAGGAAGCAUUAAUUUCCAAAAGAUUUCUCAUUAGGGCGAUCUAUUCCUCGGAACUACGCGGAGUCGAUUCAACGACCGAUCGAAAAGCGACUGAAAACGAGAAGAUGAACAAUACGGCGACGACGUCGAAAUAAUGCGUCGGAGAGACGUUAUUUAAAAUCUCGAGGGCAGGAAGCAACGAACGAGAAGCGAGAAAUGGAAAAGGCCUGAAAAUGUAAGAGAAUUGAAUGCUAUAAAUCGGUCCCUUCCCUUCGAGUGCUUCGAAUGCAUUUACUACUUUCCCGGUGAAAAGCCAAAGAUUUGAGAUACCUCUGGGAGUCCACUUCCAACGCCAUCGAGGCGAAAUGCAACAAAGCGUCGGCGGUCGAGCCAACGAGAAGUGAUAGGAAAGAACUUUCUGGUUUGGGAGUGAUCAGUGGUCCAAACCUCAGUUUUCGACGAAUUUCAUCGUUCACCGGUCGCCUUGAGGUACGCAGAAACCAAAGAAACAUAUGGAACGAUGUCCUCCUUCGUUCUUUCCAAAUUGAGUGUCCAAAGGAAGGGAAUAGAAGAAGAUGUUCCAAGGUGUCCACGCGCAAGGGAAGAGAGAGAUACGGAAGGAAGAAAUGCAAUAAGACCUGGUUACAUGGUGUUUCAGUAGAAAAGAAUAUCGAAGAUGAGGAAGAUUUGAGGAUUGGUCUUAGAAGAUGUUUCAAAAUGUCUACGUGCAAGGAAAGAAAACUUGAACGGAGGAAGAAAGAAAAUGUGGACGGAGGAAAUGCGAUAAGACCUGGGCUACGUAGCGUCUUAAUAUUGAAAAAGAGCAUAGAAUACGUGGAAGAUUUGGGAAUUGAUCGCGAAGAAUGUUCUAAAAUGUCCACGUCUAAGAGAAGAAAAAUAUAUGUAAGAGCAAAGGAAUAAAAUCCAGCGCUACCUACAUACUCCAGCGCCACCAACUAAAAAAUAGGUAACAUGAUGUAACACAAAAAGGAUCAUCCCUAAGAACUCCACGAAAAGAAAAGCAUCAAUGAGUUAAUCCAGCUUCUACUAAUGUAUUCUUCCGAUACUAUGCUACGAUCAAGCAAGUAAAAGAAUUAACUUGGUUGAGAAAACGUUUCAAGAUCUUUUCACUUUUUCAGUCCCCUAUUUUCAGUGACUGUUAUAGCAAUCAUCCCCUCUAUAGGGUAACUGAUGAAGGGACUACCAAGUCGACUUAUUUGCUUGCCUCGAAACAUCUCGAAAACGUUUUGAGAACAUCUGCAGACCGUUGCUUGAAUGACUCUCAAGGAUGCACUGUCAACGGUGUCGAGUUUAAUGAAAAAAGCGACGUGAAUUUGAAACGCGUCUUGAACUCCUGCCCAUUUGUCGCAGAUCGUUCGUUGCGAAUAUUUUCAAAGGUGUUGAAUCUUUUUCACGUUUCUCUGUCCACGUGAGCGAUCGGUCAGCGCCUAAGGGCUCGCUCAUGCUAUUGAUUCUCCGUCGCAUGAGUUAGAGACUAUACAGUCGAAGGCCCAUGGCUUCCUCAAAGAAACUCUCGUCUUGAUAGCAUGGGCGAUUCCUAUCUGUAUUCCACUAAACUGUAAAUAAUACUGUAUAUAGUUGCACCGACGGACCCGCGCGCGCGCGCCUGUGUGUGUGCGUGUUGGUGUGUAUGCGCGCGCGAGUAUGCAAGCGUGUGGAUAAGCGAAACAAUCAGAGAGGAUAACGUAAGAUGGAAUUCAAGCAGAGGCGAAAAUAACGAAGACGUGGGACCGAGGAAAAUCGGUCAGCCACGGGAUCUAGUCCGAUGAUCGCAUAAUCGCACUGUCGCUUGCGAACAAAGGAGAAACUUGGUUGAAAUUGAUGCUUCGUGGUCUUGUUUGCUAUGAAUAAGCAAAAUUUAGGAGCCUUCGAAACCAAUAUCCUAAUAUUUCAGUGCAUUUUUGUCAACCCUCAUUCGACACGAGACAACAAAGGAUUAAUAUAUCUACCUUCGAGUAGCAGAAGUUAUCUACCUCGUUCAAAAGCUUCUAGUUCUCGUUUAUGUAUUUAUCAAGUUCAUUGUAUAGCGCAAGGUUGUAGUUUAUAUAAUAGGAGAAAACAUUUAAAUUCAUUUCUCAACAAAAAUCAUUAUAUAAAUAUAUCCAUAUUUCUUUUUAUUGCGUUUAAAUGAAGUCAAUUUUCAAUGAAGUUUGAGUACUCAACAUGGUGUCACGUGACGAAAGAGACCUAGUCACAUGAGAGAAAGUUUAAUUGACGUCAGACUCUUAAAUUUCUCCUUGUGCGUGAUUUAUUCAAAGAAGCAUUGAAAACAAAAGCGAACAAAUUCAAGUGUUUCCCUUUGUUCGCGACCAUCGCGCAGCACCUCGAUCCAAAAGCCCUGCUUGCAAUUGAAUCGCGUCUCUUAAGUACGUUUUGGUGCGUUUGUAUGAGUGUUUGCGGUGGUUUUCGGCGGUUGGCACGGCUGCUUUGACUGGACGCGCGCGCGCCAUUUUUCCCGCGUGUUAUUAACUUAUUUGCGACUGCUAUUCUUUGUCGCGCCUGUUCCUAGCGACGCGAUGUUAAAGCUUACUCUAUUUAUUGAUAGUUUCCGUUCGGUGAGCGUGCCGACGGCGAUUUCGUCGCGUCCUCGAUCUCCUCGAGCCUACUCUGCUCGGCGCUUCCGUCUUCUUUUUCUUUUCUUUCUCAUGUAGCAAUCGGGGAAGAAGUUUCGAUCGAGCGUCUCGUUUAUCCCCGGUACAAUACGAGUCGUAGAACCUACCCUGCCGCCAUAGAAACACUACCGCCAUUAUAGAAACUCUAGUGGCGCGUAGUGCGCACGCUAGAUGCAAAGUAGAAGACCCGUGCGUUGUUGGCAAGUUGAUAAUUUUUGUUCUAAUUGAGGCUUCUGAUGUUCUGCCAGCAUUGCAGCUAGCUUCUUCAGAAGUCAAAUGAUUGUUGAAAGAACUAAUUGUAAUUCUGUCGAAACGUUGGAGUAUUUCACUCGAAGUCUCAAUUAGUAUCGAGAAUGAAAAUCCAAACCGUUAACACUUUAAAUGUCUGAUUAGAUAAUAUAGGGUUUUCACAUGUAAAGACUACUAACGCUAGGAAUAUACCAACGUUAGUAGCAACAGUUUAUGGUUUGUAUAGUUUUUAACUAACGAAUACUGCCUAUGGGUUUCACAGAAUUCAUUUCUUUCUUUUCUAUCUUCACACUGUUUGAGUUUGUAGUUCUAAAGUCAUGGAUAUUGUUUCGCAAAACUCAGGAACUUUAUUAUAAAAUCAGUUGACCAUCGCCAUCAAUGUUUAUAGGAAUAAUUUCAGCAAUGAAAAAACUUGUUUAAAUUAAAAGAUAGAGUAACGAUGACAAUUACACGGUUCCUUUAUUUGUUAUUUCUUUAAUUAACAUGUUUCUGUAUGCAAGAAAACUAGCAUCAAUCGAUCGACUGUGCAUUCCUUGCCAUUCAUAUCGUGUACCAGUCAACCGCGAAUGGUCUCUCGCGCAUUUACUUUGCGCACUUCGUGCCAACCGUUUUUCCACUGGCGGGACUAGUGUUGCUGUAGCGUCAGGAUAGCUUUUGUGCUUCCUAUUGUACAAGUCUGCGGCGGUCGCACAAAUUCAACGCGAGUCGACUGGAAAGCGGACAUUGGAUAGUUUCCGACGUUCAAUCUCCGAACACGUGCAACGUAUGGUUGAUGAAACGAAGUAUAGUGAUCUUCUUAAGUCGGUUUCGAGGGGAAGUACAGCGAUCGUAGGAAUUUAUCAACUACUGAGUAUGCUCAUUAGAAGUUAAGUUCAUUUCCAAUCUUUUUCAUUAAAAGACUUUAAGUUUUGAUAUAUUCUUAUGAUAUACAUGAUAUAUUCUUUACAAUUUAUAUAAUUUUGGAAAGCAACAGGAUAUCUUUGUGUUCUCUUAAUAUUUGCUCAAUGGUUGAUAGCUCCGUUUAAAUCGAAGAUUCUAGCGACCAAAGCGGAUCUCUCUAAUUUUACUAUACUUGUUCCGUCAACUAUACUUAUCUUUCUAUAUCGAGCGGUGCGUCGUUGACCGAUUCGAGGCUCGGAGAUGACGAAUCGCCUUGAUUCUCUUCCUGACGCCAAUCCCGCGCAAUACUCCAAAAGAAAUAGACUCUUCGAGAAUUGUUCUUCAGGAAAGCGAGGGAAGGGGGGGGGGGGGCACUCUGAACGACGUGCGAGAACUUGAAAAGCGAGAUUUAAGAAGAAGGAAAGAGAAGGAAAUUUGUACCAAAGAGUCGAAGGCGAAAGAGCGAUCGAGUUCAAACCGAGAGUGAUUAACGAUGCUAGUCAAUUAGUAGCGGCAGGGGAUGGAUGAAACGUUAAGACAGGCAUGGGCAACUAGGUUGCGACGGACAAGGGCAAGUGCCGCUGCUCGUAAAUUUAGGCAAGCACACACAUCACGAGCAUCUAUCGUUGCAAGAUAUGACGAGUGAGGAUCAACCGUAAUGUAGAGAUGUUACAAUCACUUUAAACAAUUUUGGAUUAUUAGGGCUACUUCUCUGUUGACUAAAACACCGUCCUAUUUUAAUCCUUUGAUGUCAGGUUUUGUGAUUCCAGUACAUAUCUGUCGAACACAUCAUGGCGGCUACAACGUUCUCUUGUGAUGAGGAGCGAAUCCAUUAGUUUAAUAAGAUUGUUCUACUACAAUCUUUAUCGACCCGGUGGGUUUAUUCCUCAAUCGCCCUGACUAAAAUUUGUAGAAUAAAUUGUAGCUCUGAUCUGUACAUACACCUAGAUCCUCACGGUCAUAGAGUACUUUGUAACUAGCGGCACUAUCAUGGUAAUAAACCAGGAAGCUAUUUGCUCCAGAAAGUCAGAGAUUGCAAGGGCAUCGAGUUGUCCAUGCCUGCGUUAAGAUAUUGAAGAACACUUUUUCUUGCUCCAAAUGGCAAGAUGCAACUCGAAAGCCCUAUUGAGAACCAAACAGGGUGAUUCGAUCUAUCGUCGUCUAUGAUUUAUGAAAUCUCUUGAACUUUCUUCUUCGGUUAUGCAAUCGCGUUGCGAGAUUUGUCGAGAUGGAGUCCCAAAGAUUACAGGAAAAAGUAUUUCAAGCAAAAAACACGCGUUCGAAUACCAUCGACGUUGCUUCGUCCAAUGAAAAUGAAAAAAUUCAUGGAAGCGCAUUCAGGCUAACAGGGCCUACUCUAAGUUCGGCAGUUUAUAAUCUAUCCCGCUGUUACCCGCAGUGAAAUUAAUAUAAUUUACUUUGUUUAUUUUUAAAUUAUUAUCACGACGGACAUUGUACAGAAUUCUGAUUUUAGUCGACUUAAUUAUAUUGGAAAAUAGCAAGUGCACAAUCCUCGAUUAACGAGAAGAAUAAGUAUUCGAGAUUCCAAAUUUAGUUUUUAAAUUACUUGUACGUUUCAAUGAGCAAUCAGUUUUAAUUCUCCGUAAACGUUUUCCAUUUCUCACCGUGUUUUAAACAAUAAUUUUAACAGUAGAUACGUAACUGAAAUCGUUGAAGUGAAUUAUAAAUUAUUCCAACGAUUUGUGAAACGCCUGGGAACUUUAAAUUAAAGGUGUAUUUGCAUGGGCAUUGGAAUUUCAUGCGUUGGACCUCGAUGCUGUACUCGAACGUGUUGCAAAUACGAAGAAGAGCAUGCGAAGAUACCGAUAUCGAGUCAAACGAUCCGAUUCCCGAGCACUGGAAUUCAUUUCCUAUACGUUGUAAAUAAUUUUAAACAUAAGCUUUCUCCAUGCAAUUUCGCAUCGUCGUUCUUGAUCGUGCAAGGUCUUAAUUCACAGGAAUUGAUGAGGUGCUGUGUAUAUGUUACAGUUGGAACGUGAGCUUCAGUGAGUGUAUACAAUCACUAGUGAAUGUAUACAGUUGUUAAGGACUUCUGUGUAAAUACAUAUGUACUGGGGUCAAUGCAUUUACGAGUCUUUAAUAUACAGAAGAUAUGCACUUAUUAGAGACUAUCGAAAGUAUACACUUACUAGGGGCUGUAGCGAAAGUAUACAUUAAUUAGGAACGUUAGUGAAAGUGUACACUAAAACAUUAAUGCUUAAGUAAAGUACACAUUCACUAGAGACUUUAGUGAAAGUGUACAUUUACAAGGAUUUUUAAAGUAUACAUUCACUAUAGACCUUAUAGAAAGUGUACAUUAACUAGGAACGUUAGUGAAAGUGUACACUAAAACAUUAAUGCUUAAGUAAAGUACACAUUCACUAGAAACUUUAGUGAAAGUGUACAUUGAAACACAUAAAGCUCAUAAGUAAGGUGUAAAUUAAACCACUUAUGAAUCUCUACAGUUACCAGUAAAAGUGUUAUUAUUCCAACGAAUGUUUACUUUGACGAACUAGUAAAUGUACCAUAUACCAAAUUUGUAUUCAUCGACUAGUGAAUGUAUACAUUGAUUGAAUCCGUAGUUCGACCGUAACAUAUACAAGUAAACUAUCUCCGUAAAAUGUUUUCGAGAAGUCAGGACGUUAGCAUUGGUAUCUUGUAGGACCCUCUACCGUAUCGCGUGAAAAGAUGUAAUUUUCGCGCCGCCUUUUGGACGUCUAGUCGGGGAAAACGAUUCGCGAGUGAUCGACACCGCGGUUAGUUCAAACAUCCGUUCGUAAAUGUCGCGAUGAUCCUGGCUGUCGGUCAGCGAUUGCCCAGCGCGUGGAAAAUAUUUCCUAGAGUUUGUUAGCUAAACGCGUGAAUUCAUUAAUUUCACAGACUGCACCAUUUUUUCCUUUCAUCUACUCGGGCCAAGGCAGGUUCCUCGCGAGAUUAAAUCAACCGAAGUCAUUAUUUUUAAUCGUAAGAAAGAAAUAAUUUAGCGAAUUCCACCUCGAACGAUAAACGAACUCGUCCCGCAUUUAGGCGAGAUUAACAAUCGAGGUUCUCGGGUCGAAUUCGCCGAGACGAGCAUCAGUAAUUUGGUAAUUAAACGUUUAUUUAUUUAUUUAUACUAUUUACGGUCAGUCGUAAACGUUCACAAGCCAAAGAGGCGGAGCUAGUGAAAGAAGAAAAACGCGAAAGAUUUCUUUCCGAGCGAUCAAUGAUAUUAUCGUUACUGUAGUUGUUACUUAUUAUUAUCUACACACGUAGUAAAUUAUUCUUAUCGUCGUCAUCGUUCAUCGACCUCGCCAAUGUUCAUUCGUGUCAAGCAUAUCCAUGUUAUUUAGCUAUCCCGUCGCAAUUAUUCGUUCAUUACUAUUUUCAUUGAAGCGUGUAACGUUAUUAAUUUGUUGGAACGCGCAGAAUCUGCCGAAAAAUAUGAGAGACGAAGAAUCUUUUUGUAAAUUGUAUAAAACGUAGCUAAAGUUGUAAAAGAAACGCAGGAAAUGUGCGAAAAUAAAAUUUUUGUGAAG